AUGCGUUUUCUUAAUAUCGCAACGUCGGCCUUGCUGGCUUCAGUCGUGAAUGCAUCGCUUCAGAUUGUACCGGGAGCGACUUGGACUGCGACAAACACUGGUCAACACAUCCAAGCCCACGGCGGUGGCAUCAUCAAAGAUAGCAAUAAGUGGUAUUGGGUCGGAGAGGACAAGACUAAUGGCUCUGCAUUCCAGAACGUGAACUGUUACUCGUCUACCAAUCUUGUAGAAUGGACUUACGAAGGUGCUCUACUCUCACGUACCUCAUCCGGUGACCUAGGCCCCAACCGUGUAAUUGAAAGGCCAAAGAUCAUGCACAAUAAGCAAACCGGCAAGUAUCUACUGUGGAUGCACAUCGACAGUUCCGAUUACAAAGAAGCAAAGAUCGGCGUAGCAAUAGGCGACACCGUCUGCGGAAAAUACACCUACGUGCGUAGCGAGCAACCCUUGGGCUUCCAAAGCCGAGAUUCCGGAGUCUUCGUCGACGACGACGGCAAAGGUUACCUCCUCACCGAAGACCGUGAGAAUGGCCUCCGCAUAAACGGCCUCUCAGACACCUACCUCAACAUAACAAAAAACAUCUACACCUGGAAAGAAAAAUACGAAGCACCCGCCCUAAUCAAGCGGUCGGGAGUUUACUUCAUGUUCGCGUCCCAACUCUCCGGUUGGAACCCCAACGACAACUACUACAGCACCGCCACCUCGCUCUCCGGCCCCUGGUCCUCAUGGCAGAAAUUCGCAGACUCGGGUUCUAAUACUUAUGCUUCACAAACGACUUUCGUCCUCCCGCUUGGAAACAACAAUUUCAUGUACAUGGGCGACCGCUGGGUGUCGUCUAACCUCAUGCGGAGUACUUAUAUCUGGCUGCCGCUCACCCUCUCCGGCACCACGGCAUCCAUGAAGAAUGCUGUGAACUGGAUCUUGGACCCCAGCACGGGCGCGUCAUCCGCCGGGCCCACAGAAAACGCCUACGAAGGUGAAUCAGCCACGCUUUCCAACGGCGCGAAAACGAUUUCGUGUUCAGGUUGCUCUGGCGGGUCAGCAGCUGGCUACAUUGGGGGACCCACGGUCGGCGGCGUGACGAUUGCGAAUGCGCAAAGUGAUGUUGCGGGGCGCACGACGCUGAGAAUCAAGCAUAGGAAUGGCGAUGAUGGACAGAGAUAUGCGAGUGUGGUGGUCAAUGGCAAGGCGCAGAAGGCGGCGUUUUUGCCGAGUGGAGGGAGUGAGCCGGGGAGUUCGGUUGUCCAUGUGGAUUUGAAGAGCGAGGGGAAUGAAAUAAAGCUGGUGGGUGUGGAUGGUGGGUGGGGGCCGGAUGUUGAUAGGGUUUUUGUGCCGGUUAGUUAG